AAGAGCUUCACUCAGUGUUCAGUAUACCUGAGUUUACCUCAGGGAUACCAUCUCUAUAGUGGCCUCCACGAGGACAAGAAGCUGACGUCUUGUCAAAGGUCCCCCUAUCUGUCCUGAUGAUUUUAUCCACAUAACUACCCCACGCUCAGUAGUCAGUAUACCUGUAAACCAUCCCUAAAACUACCCCAUACUCAGUGACGUGUUCUUUGAGAGCCUACACAAGUUACAAUAGUAACGUAAGAUGAGCGACCUUGGUAAGGAGAUAGCGGAGCUCCAUGCCUCUUUUGAUGCCCAUACCAAGGGGAAAAAACGGGAGGCAGUAGAGUGGCAGCACAGCAGCAGUUCUCUUGCUCGAAGAAACAGAGCUAAAGAGGGCCUGAAACAACGCUUUCAAAGGAUCUGUCCAACAUGUAACAUUACAAUAAAUGUUGGAAGACACUUGUGUGAUUGUGGCUACAGCUUCAUUGAAGCCAGGCGUAAAGCUGAGCGGGAAAAGGAAGCACGCCAAAUGGAAAGUGGGAAAAAAGCUGCUAACAACAGAAUUCUUGCCAGGUCACUCACUGCUAUUAAGAAGCAUAGUGCCAAGUUAAGAGGGGGUGGCUACCACCUUGCUACGGUGUAUUACAAGGAGUGCAGCCAGAGGACGGUGAAGGGCAUAUUACCUGGGAGCGGCCUCUCAAAAGAGGUUGAGGAAAGUCUUGUUAGUUGGUUUUAUUAUGCACACACUAAGAACAAGCAAGAGAAGGCCAAGAGCGCUCAACAUGACCAGCUGCUAUACGACGUACCACAACAAGUUAUACCACUGAAAAAGAAAAUAAAAGUAGAUGAAGAACGAAAAAAAAGUACUACUAAUAGUUUGAAUUUGGCUAAUGCACGUAUUGAGGAUAUGGACGAGACCAAGAGAGCUCAGCAAGAUCUGAUAUUCAACUUUCCCAAACCUGAAGAAGAAACACACGUGAAAGGAAAGGAGAACCAGGGGCGAAACACGUGAUCCGUCAGUGAAUUAAGAGCAUCUAGUCAAGCAAGAACUACCGUAGCUGGAAGCAUUGCCGCACAAUUGGCAUUUACUCAGAUGAUGAUCAAGUUUUAAACAUAGUCCAGUACACUUGCAUAUAAUAGCAUAUUGAUUUAUUACCCAUCACAUAAAAUGUGAAGGUUUUUCAUGUAUUAAGUCCUUCAGUUUGAGUUAUGAUUCCCAUUAUGAUGAGUAUAGUGAAGAACUACACGACCUUCAAUAUUGACAAGUAUUUAUGUUUGGUUUGUGGCCCCUCCUUCUAUUUUUGUAAUUUAUCAAUAAAUUUUUAUUACUG